GCUGUUGCCUGUGACGCAAGCUUCCUGUAACCAGGCAAAAACGGUAUUUAUUAUUUGACCUAAGACAUCAUAGGUGAAGUGAGAAAUAGCUACCCAUCAGAGGAUAGUGGUUAGUAGGUCUUUCUCUACCUGUAUGCUUAUAAAAGUCCAAUACUGCCAGGGUGUAUUUGGAGACUUGGAUGUCUCUAUUGAUGACCUGGACAAAAUCAUUGAACCUCUCUUCAGGAUUUAUUUGGUGUGAGCAUGGUUGUUCCUUUGAUGAACCUUCAUAUCAAAUCUCUAGGAGCAAGUCAUACAGUUGGUGGUAUAAUAGGAUCUCUGUAUGGUAUAAUGCAACUGUUUUCCAGCACGUUUGUGGGCUGCUGGAGUGAUAUAGUAGGAAGACGGUAUUCCCUGCUUGCUUGUAUUCUUCUCAGUGCACUGGGUUACUUCCUUCUUGGCGCAUCCACCACUGUGUUCCUGUUUGCUAUUUCUAGGGUUCCUGUAGGUAUCUUCAAACACACGCUGUCAAUCUCUAAAGCCCUCCUUUCUGACUUGGUUUCUGAGCGAGACCGUCCUUUAGUGAUGGGACGCUUCAAUGCAGCCUCCAGUGUGGGCUUCAUUCUGGGGCCUGUUGUUGGUGGCUACCUUACAGAGCUGAAAGAUGGCUUUUAUCAAACAUCCUUCCUCUGUGCCUUUAUCUUCCUUCUGAAUGCUGGUCUUGUCUGGAUGUUACCCUGGAGUGAAGAAAACACUGGCAAUAGGGAAUGUCAACAAGGAAAAAAAGGAACAGACAGCUUCUCAGCAAAAGCAAAUCAUGACCUGCACUUGAAAUCAGCAACUAAUGGAGCUAUGGCAAGCAACAGUCUUUUCCAGUCUCCAUGGAUCCAAGUUACAACAGUGCUGAAGAGGAUUAAAGGAGUUGCGUGCUCUGAUCUGUGGGAUAUAUUUUUAGUGCGGUUCCUGAUGUCUGUUGCUAUACUGCUGUACUACAGUAAUUUUAGCCUGGCCUUGGAGGAGAGAUUUGGGCUGAAACCGUUGUUCGCUGGAUACCUAAUGAGCUAUAGCAGUGCACUUGGAGUCCUGGCUGGUUGUCUGCUUGGACCAAUAACAAGACUCUAUCAGCACAACACAUACAGAAUUUUGUUGCACUCUAGCACUCUUACCUGCACGUUGGUUCUCCUGUAUGCUUCAGCACAGAGCAUAUGGAUGGUAAUUUUGUCUUCCACAUUCUUAGCCUUUUCAACUACUAUAGGUCGUACUUGUAUCAUUGAUCUUGAGUUGACCAUUGGUGGGAAUGAGGCCAGUGGCACGCUCCUAGGUGUUGGACAGUCGGUGACAUCAGUGGGACGUAUACUUGCCCCACUCCUUUCUGGAAUUGCUCAAGAGUUCAGUCCCUGUGGCCCUCCAAGUCUAGGGGUUGGACUAGCUUUAGCAGCUAUUUUGAUAAUGAAUGCAAACAAACAAAAAUACUGUAGCCAUGGAAAUGUGAAGUUAAAAAAUCAGUAGUUGCAAAUUUGGAUUGCAUAGAUGUACCUCAAAGGGGAGGCAAAGUGAAUCAACCUGAGGUGGUGCUUAACACUUGCCAGACUUGUACAGUAGUAACAGGAUCUUUUAAGAGGGCACAUUAUGUUCAUGUGAAGGCAAGUGCUUACAAAUAUUUCUGCUGCAGGAAUGUUAAAUCUAGACAAAUGUUAUUCUAACUGGUACCACUACAACACUUGUGAGGAGGACAGGUGUUGCUGUAUUGUACUGGCUGGGACUUUUUUUAUGGAUUUUUAACCUUUUUGGAGGGAAAAAAUGGAUGACAUGAAAUACACAAAUCCUGCUUGUAGCUCACAUUUGGAACAGUGUUUGUAUUGAUAAUUGUUGGAAUACAGAAAUUGAUUCCUAUUAUUUACUCAGAGGAGAAUUUUUAUUAUUUAAUCAGAAGGAGAACUUUUAAUACAGCUCGUUAGCCUUAAUUUCUUAUGCGGUGGUCUGCUGCCAUUUGUCUGCCAUGCCAGUAGCUUAAUUACCAGCGUGCUUGUUUAUGUGAUUUUAUUAAGCAUACUUUGUCUACAAAACUUGCUGCUCAGUGUGAUUAGGCACUUUGGAGUGGCCAUCUGACUGUGCCGAGGCCUGCUCUUUCACAGGUAACAGAACUGGGUAUAUGCUAACUUUAUAUAUUAGAAGGCCUAAAAUGGAUAAUUUUAGAAUAAUAUGGGGCCAUUCAGGCUGAAACUGAGACUAAAUGUAAGCUUUAUUGAAACUUGAACUGGUGGUUCCUGUUUAGUAAUAACUUCUACUAAACAAUUUUGUCAUCAAUUAUUUGUUAGUAUUUCCUGUGCAAUUUUUCUACCUUCAUUUUAAGAAUAAAUUUGCUAUGACUGUUAAAGGUGUACUGAAGCAACUAGCAGCAGUUUGUGGAACUGGAUGAAUGCAUUUUCUCAUACCUCUGGAAGCAUAAGUGACAUUUCAGUGACAAGAAAAACUGUAUAAUUGUUGGUAUUAUGGUUUUCAUUUGUCUGCACCACUUGACUAAUGAGAGG